GAGACAAACCCUGGGUGGAUAGCAGCGAGAGAGACGUGGAACUGAUCGUUUGCAGCCUCGAAGAGAUGGAGUGGGCCUGAGAUUGAGAUACAGAGGCAGCGGGUGGAGUACUACAGGCCGGCAGAGAGGGCCUUGGCUCCGGCCCACAGUCAGCUUACACUGUGAGGGAGCAGGAGUGUCAGGCUCAGGGAUAGAGAGGGACAGGGGAAACCCUGGAGAGACUGGCUGCCAGUUACUGCAGGGAUACAGUGUCUCCUGGGAGAAAUCCUGCAGGAGAAAGCAGAAUAUUUUAGGAAAACCUUGCAGGAGUAGGAAAACGUGAUAAAUUCCGCAGGAGAAAAAUAUCUUGAAAUAAAUCUUGCAGGGGAUAGGAGAAUAUCCUGAAAGAAAUCUUGUAGGAUAGAGAACAUCCUGGAUGUUGCAAGAAAGAGAAGAACGUCCAGAGAUAAAUAAUUCCUGCAAUAAGAGGGGGAGGGGGGUGGAGAGAACAUCCAGAGCUAAAUCCUGCAGUGAGAGAGAGGGAAGCAUCUUGGAGAGACGAAGGCUGCAGACUUACCGGCGGAAGAGAACAAAAUGGAAUAGCCUGACAGGCAAAUAACCAUAAGUAGAAGUACAGGGAAUCAGGAAAGAAAGCAGGAAGCCUGCUUACAGGAGUGUACAGGAGCUAGAGGAAAUAAAGGGAGCAACCAAAAAAAGUAGAGGAUUUUUUUAAAAAGCACAAAAACAGGAAAUAUACAGAAGAGAACAAGUUGCGUAAGUGAUGCACAAUGUGCAAAGAAGUACAGAAAGGACAAUGAGUUGGAAAGACAGCACAAUUUAGGCAAACGGAGGUAGAGACGCACACAGAUUUCCCUAUAUUUAUCAACACACAGGCCUCCUGGGAGGGUCAAGUGCUGCUGUGAUGAAUAAAGACUUGUGCAUCCAUUCCUGGCCUGGUUCUUACUAUCUAGACAGUGAGAAACGAUGGGUUUAUGGCAAAUUGUCGCUCACACCGUGCCAGUUGGCAUUCACAUCCGACAAAGAGGGGCUCACACUGAUCAGCUUCAAACUCUCUGCCAUCACCGGCAUCAAGAAGGAGGCAUCCAGCUUCAUAUUCAGCUCACUCACUGUGCUGGUGGGCGGCAACGAGAAGCACUGGUUCAGCUCACUGCAACCCAAUCGGACAGUGGUGUUCAACGUCAUCGAGCACUUCUGGCAAGCGCAGUUGCUUUCAUCUGAAGGGGUGGAGGUAGAGGCCAGCCCGGAUCGUAUGUCGAAGGGGAGGCAGCUUAUCAACCUGGCCUCCAGCUCUCACCAGCGCUUGGAAGAUACAGCCAAAGUACUGCAUCAUCAGGGAGAGCAGUUUGACUGCAUCAUGAAAGGGCUGGACAAGAUCGAGUCAGACAUGGAUGUGGCAAACAGACUGUUAACUGAGCUGGAGUCUCCACCGUGGUGGCCGUUCAGCAGUCGUCUCCGAAAGGCUCAACAGGAAACAAAGAAUCAGUCAGAAUACCCGGCCUCUGCCUCGAAAGCUUUCGGGAAGGAAGGCUUGAUAUUAAAAGUCCCUGUGCUUUACUCCCAAGGUCCGGACCCCAUCCUCAAACAGGGCACACUUGCAGUCCUUUGCUCAGGUCUGGAAAUCUGUGAUUCAAACGAGCAGCUUGUGCACAAGUACCGACGGGAGGAAGUCGACGAUGUUAAAGUGCAGAGCCCUUAUGAGAUAGUUGUCCGCCAGAGGUUCAUAGGGAAGCCCGACAUCUCCUUUACCCUGCAGUCUGCGAGGAUGACUGAUGUUGUUUCCAUUGUAGAGAUACAAUACUCCAAAAAAGUGCAAUUCAGAGAGGAUCUGUUGGGGCUCUUCAAACCAGAGGAAUCUCCUGUUUCAGAGAAUCUUGGCAUGGGCGGCUCCAUAUGGAAUGCAGCAGCUGGCUUCUUGGAUAAAGUUAUGCAUCCUGUUUCGGCAAGCGGUGGACAGAUGUCCCAACAAGUAUCUGAGCAGACAGUUUCAGAGGCCGAAGCCCAAGAGCUGAGACAGAUCCUGCGGAAGUUGAAGAGUAUUGCGCUGGACACUGAAGCUGAGCUGGAACGCCAGGAUGAAGUGCUGGAUAUCAUUGGCUCCUCCACAGACCAGGCGACAUCCCGGGUAAACAUGAGUCACAGACGGAUGCGGAAACUCCUGUAGGACUUGAGCUGACCAAAUACUGCAGUGCUCAGUCAUAUUCAGUGCGGCUUGCUCUUCAUCAAGACCUCAGCAUUUGGAGAGAAUGCUUCAAACAGCUGGUACAACAGUGGCAAAGAUGGCAGUGAAUCGGGUUUGCCCAUUCCUUAAAAGUUUGAAGAGAAGGACAUGUUUGCCUGGACUUAGCUUGGGAAUGUUGACAAACUUUAUAUAAAUUGUUGCCACAACCUGUGGCCAGUCUGCAGUUCUGUUGUCUUGGCCUUAGAAAGGCCUCACCACCAACAUGUCAACAUCCAUAGAGGAGCCAGGAAAAUGCUCCUGUCAACCAGAGACCAUUUCCAUGGCAACUGUCUUAGAAUCUAAUGCUUAUCCUGUUUUAAAACUCUAUAAAAGUCUAGCCAAUGGUAAACUUUCAAAUUCAGAUACUUUCUGAUUUGCAAUCUGUAAAACAUAGCUUGUUUAAAAGUAUAAUUGAAUGUAGAAGCCUUAUUAGUGCAAUAAUAUGGGCUUUUUUAAGGCAUUGAGAUAGAAGUGCCCCGAGCCAGUUUAUUUCUGUGUUGAGAAUGCCUUUCCUGUUUGCUUGUGAAUUUACAGCUGACACGCCAUAGCUUUAGCAUGCAGGGAAAGUCAUGCAAAGCUGUUAAGUGUGUGGAAAAAUGUCCUCUUAUAUCUUGAAGCUUGGACAAAUUUUACUGCCACAUGCCGUAUCGUUGCUUCCUCAGGCUUUUCCUGGUGAAACCCAUCCACUAGAGAUCAUUAGCAAGUGCCAAUAAUGCACAGUUGGUCAAGCAGUUUGUUAAAGGGGAAAGGAGGUUAAUUUUUCUGGUGAGGCACAUCACCCAAAAUGUUGCUCUUUUGAGAUUCUGAUAGAGCUUCUUUUAACUUCAGAUUUUCUGUAUUUGUGGCUCUUUUAUCUCAGCCGCGGAGGACAGGAUCAGUUGAGUCACAGUUAGAGCUCUAGCAAGACCAUGUUUAGAGGUCUAGGGAAGAGAGAUUUUUGGUCAUUUCCAUUUGAGUAGUGCUGAAGCUGGGAUUGUGAAGAAUAAUUGGAAGUGUGUUUCAAGAGGGAAAGAUAGUAACUGACUGCAUCAGCAAAGGAUCUUAUUUAAGCCAGUUAUUACAGACGCAAUUCGUGUGAAAGAAUGGCAGCAGUGAGUUCCAUUUGUUGGCCAUCCUGUCAUUUGCAGUUUGGGCAUGUCUGUGCCUAGUGUUCACACCCUUACUAAGGAUAAUUGAACAAGGCAACCUAACCAGUCUCAGCAACCCACUACCAAUGGAUUAUUUGCAGCAAAAAGUUAAUGCAUGAAUGAUGCUUAUCCACCCCCAAGAUAUCUCUAGUCUGUGAGCAUAAUGCCACUAGGAUUACAGUAAAUAGUCUGAGAAUUUCAUACUAUGUAUUUGAACUUUGGGGAAAACAAAAACCAAAAAUACAAUUAUCGAUGUGUCCUUUUGAAACUUGGAUUGUAUCUGAAGAGAAAGCUUUGAGGUGUAUAGCAGAAGGGUGAAGUACUGGUGAAUACAGCUCUACCACUGCCAUUGGUGACAGCAGUAGGUAAGUAAUUUAAUAUGAAGAAUUGAGUAUAUCACAAAGUUAAAAUGUAUUGCUUUAAGCAUAUAGUGUAUUGGGUGCCAAUAUGCUAAAUAAGCACUGCAGUAUUUACUCGGCAUGCUAGUGAUAUCUAUUUACUCGGCAUGCUAGUGAUAUCUAGGGCCAGAAUAUCAAUACUGCAUCAACAACAACAGUCUCACCAAGACAGCAUGGGUGUUUUCUAUGGCAUUCAAUUGGAAUUUUGGUCAAAUGUUCUUGGGAGUUUUCUCUAUAUUUGAUAUAUCUCUUUUAUAGGGUUAAUUAGCUGCCUAUUCUUACCAAUCAUUAGCUGCAAAUACAUACACUAGGAUGGUGCGUGGCCUCAAAAAAGCUUUACUAGGUUGCCAAUGCAUAGAAAAUUUACUGAUGAAGUUGUAAGCAUCAUGUUCUUACCCAAUAUAAAUUAAUGCUAAUUAAUAUAUUAUCCUUUUGAUAAUUGUCCUCAACAAUAAUACCUUGUGCAUGGGUAUGUAGCUACUGCAGUGAGUGCACGCAGCUUUGCUUUGGAGAUAUAAAGGGAAAAUAGUAAGACUGACAAAGAUGGAUACAUCAUCCCAGUCUUUGAUAAAGUCCGCUUUGAUUUUAGCAAGUAUAAAUGGAGCACUUUCUAUGCUGAGAGUAUAUAUACACUGGCAUGGCCUAUUUGUCAGGGUCGCCUAUAUAGCUUUAAAAUAUCUUUUCUGAACUGACUGCUUGUUGUGAAUCAAAAUAUACCAGGAUAUGUCAGAAAUCUUCAAUAGAUAGAAAUGCUUAAUUUUAGGUUGUUGCAUUGGCAUUGUUUACAGGGAUUCAAGUGUGCUGCACUUUAUAUUAUUCCUUUCUGAUGGUUAUUGAAGCGGGAUUAACUUCCCUCAUUCACUUCCAAAUUGGGAGAUGGAAUAGUGUAUAUAGAACCACUGAAUAAUUGACAUUGAGAGAGCUGCUUAUCUAUAUGCUGCAAUGUGUCAAGUCUGAUUGUGGAUGAGUAUGGGUAAUUAGGCUCAGAGUGAGGGCCAUUUGCUCACAUUGGCUUUGCCCUCUACACAAAAAGAGUAGUGAGAAGGAGGUGCAAGUGGGAGAAAGACUGCAGAUUAUGACUGAAAAUAGUUGAAGUCCUGGAAGCUUGUGCUUUUAGGCACUGUUUAGUUUGAGCAAAAGCAGAGAGCAGCUAGAGAGAGACAAAAUGGAUACAGAGGUGAGCUACAUAUGCUUACUAGGUACAUGUCAGGUUUUAUAAUGGGAGGCACUAAAUUCAUAAAUUUUGCUGCAAAAGUGGAUUUUGAUAUGAUUCUGGCAGAGCCUUGAGUUGUUUGUUCAUUCUUCCUGGAGCAACAGGACAUUUUAUACUGAGGUUAUGCUUCUCAACUCUGAAAAGUGCAUUAGCAAGUUGCUGCUGGUAAUUGUUCCCAAUCUCCUGUUACUGUUGGAUUCCAAUGCAAGUUCUUAACUUCCAAUAUUUCAGUGUCGUUAUUUCAGUGUUUACCACUGAUAGUGCUGCUGACAUACAUGGGUCUUACUCACUUUCAAGACCAAUUGGUCUUCAACAGCACUUUAUUCUCUAGAUAUAGCACCUUAUUUCCCUAUUGAUCUCAGUCUUCAUGAAUACUAACCUUAUCAUCUUUGCAUUAAAGCAUCUGGAUUUUGUAUCCCAGCCCUAACAACUUCCAAGAAAACCCACUACAACCUCUGUUGUUUUUCAAAGACUUCCUGCUGUCAGUCGUAACAUUUUUGUUCACAAUGCUGAUCCUGUUGCUUUCUUGUCCUUUAGCCAGUUUAUCUGAAAUUAUUCCAGGCUUACUCUUUUUCCUAUUACACCCAGGAUAUAUAAUGUUCCCUCAGACACCUGUCUUCAAAAUUGAAGAUGACAGCUUAUCUCAUUUCUCAUUGUUCCUGUUUCAAACACCAGGGAUCAGCCAUGUCUCAAUUUUGUCUAUUAUGUAUUUGUCACCUGUUGAGCUGCAACAGUAAGGGGAGUGGAAUGCUUUCCUCGAGCCUCUUGAAUUCAUACUGCAAUGCCUCUCUUUGUGUUUUUAUUUUUAUUUCUUAACAUGCUUGCUCAAUGUAAGACAUCCAUGUUUUACACCUGGUAUCAGUCUGUGGACCUUCCCAUAUAUAUAACAGGGUUUAUAUGUAAAGCUUCCACCACUGCCCAACAAAAAGUGCCUUAUUCCUAAUUUUAAAGAACUCUUCCAUCUAGCACCAACUGUGACAAUUCAAUUUCCCCACACCCUGCAGCCUUAGUGAGUGAGAUUGCCAAUUUAGAGAUGUAUGUGGAUAGCAUAUUAUAGACUAGCAGCCACUGGGAAACUGUUAAAAGCUGCCCAAUCUCCUUUCACUUAGAACCUGACCAGCCAAGAGAGAAGCACCAUUCAACCUAGUUUGAAAUGAAGCCAAAUAUUUGGGUUCUGGGGAUACCUACGCAACUUCCCUCACAAUUCACGUUUUUAUUUUUGUGAACAUCAUUGUUGAAAUUUCCAAUGAAGAAAAUGUGGUUAGUUUGGUCACAUUCAUAGCAUAAGCUAUAGCCUAUUGAUCCCUGGAUCACUGGCCAUGAAAGCCCCUAGUUAUCUGGCCAUGAUUCUCCUCUGCUUCACGGUCCCUGGCUAUCUGGCCUUGAGUCUCCACACCAUGGUCCCUGGCUAUCUGGCCACGAUUCUCCUCCGCUCCAUGGUCCCCUGUUAUCUGGCUACGAUUAUCCGCCCGAUGGUCCCUGGUUAUCUAGCCACUAGUCUCUGGUCCACGGUACUUGGCUCCCUGGCCACGAGUCGAUGCUCCAAGGUCCCUGGCUAUCUGAUAUCACUUGCGAUCAUGAGGCAGCAUACCAAAUUCAGACAGCUUAAGUUGGUGACUUAUCUCGUAUGCAGAGGCAGAUUUUCAUUUGUUAAUUACAAAAUAAAAUGUUUUAAAACCUUUCUUCUGAGUCUUAGCUGCUGGGAGAUUGAUUUUAUGCAUAUUCCUUGGAUUCAGCAUUUUGUUUUCUAAUUCUUAUUGUGUGGCCUAAAGGACUGUAUGGUAUGCAGCCCACAAAAAUAAAGUUUCGACACCCCUGACUUAAUUUAUAUUCGAUGCUCCUGAGAAGUGUACUGCCAGACCAAUGAAGGAAACAGAAUUCCUGCCAGACAGGGUCAUUCUGCAAAUUACAGCACUGAUUUUUGGAUGGAAAUAUAUACGUAGUCAAUUUUUUUUUGUUUGUGUGGUCUUUAAGAUCAACCGUUGAUUACAACGAUAGAGGGAGUCGAAUUUCAAGUGGUUUCAGGUAAUUGUCUACAGACUCUCUCUGUUUAGGAAAAAGGUUUGUAAUGGGAAGCAGGCAUCAUUAAAUCUCUUACUUUCAGUACUGUAUUACUGAUUUGCUGUAUGGAAAUGUACACUCUGCCUAUGCCGUGUUUGCUUUGUACAAUAAAUACUGAAAUAAAUCUACAAACCACA